AGGGACUCAACAACUCAUUGUGUACAGGAGGUUCAAAAUGCACUCCCUAUAUUCCAUCUUAGCGGAGAUCAGGAAGGGGGAUUUUUUGGCCUCUAUAGAUCUCACAGAGGCUUAUCUCCAUGUCCCUAUUCCUCCAGACCAUCAACAGUACCUGAGGUUUUGCUUGCCAGCUGCCACUUUCAAUAUAUGGCCUUACUGUUCAGCCUGGCUUUUGUUUCCCAAAUGUCUGGCGGCAUACCUCAGGAUGAUCCCUAUCAGGAUCCAAUGUUACCUGAACAAUCUGUUCAUCAGGCAUCAUCCCAGUGGCUAGUGGAACAGGAUCUGGCCACGACAAUCGAUGCCCUGAGGGACCAUGGAUUUUCUGUGAAUUUGAGAAAUGCCACCUAGUGCCUUCUACAAUGUUUGUUCCCCUGGGGGCCCUAAUAGACACAUGGGCGGGUCAAGUAUUUCUAUCACAGGAGCAUCAGGAGAGAAUCUGAGACCUGAUUUACCUCAUCCGGCCGGAGAAGAGGGUGUCGGUGGCUCGAUUGUCUCAACUUCUCAGGAAAAUGAUCUGCCUGGCCAUAGUACCAUGGGUGAGGUUCCAUGCCCAACCACUCCAGUGGUUCUUACUCCCAUUUCAGAGGGCGGGCACCAGCUCCUCGGUUCAGAUGGAUUUUCAUUCACUUCGUCUUCAUUGUCAAAACUGAAGAACGUCACCUCUCACCUCCCAUCCCACACUAUGAGAAAGGACAUAUCAAGGCCCAUAGAAUUUGGUGCAGAAUAAGGCUGAAGAGAUCUCUGGCUGGUUACUGCUUCUUGCUUGCAUUAUCUAUGAUCGCUUUUACAAGCUUCUGUCCUAUAUCCCUGAACAAGUACAAAGACCUGAAUUUCCAGUACUUGCCUAGAGAGAUGCUUCAUGUGAAACCUGACAUUUCUAAGCAUCUGCAGACAAAUGGCACUAUCCCUCAUGUACAACAGCAACAGCAUUUCAGCCUAGGCAAAUGGACUCAUGCACAGGGAAGACAACCCCUUUCAAAUUCCAGUCCAGUUUGCAAACAGAAAAGCUUGCUGCAUAGGCAGGGUGAAUUAAGUCAUAAAGGUUUUAACAAAAGAAAAAAAUUCCCUGCCCAAAUUAAAAACCAUAACAUUGCAGCAGAAAACGACGUUGACCUUGGCAGAAGACUCCAACAUGAAGAGUAUCCUUACAGGUCUAAUGGGGAAAAAAGCAGCUUUGAUUGGACUUUGACUCUAAAGGAUGUUGGAAGAGACCUGAGUUUACCACUGCACCCAAGCAAGAAGAAGGUGAAUUGGAAAGGACAAAGGCAGUUAGCCCCCUUUCUACUUCCUUUACGAGAUGGAAAGCCUGGAGCCUUUUUAUUUCUUAAGGAUACUCCUCUAAGCCAGCUCACUGUAUCACAGGAACAAUGUAAGCCAGAUGUGCAGGCAGCUGCUGCCCACCAAUCCCCAGAUUUAAUCAAAAUUCUUAUCUCAGACAAACAAUCCUUCCAGAUCACAAUGAACACUCAGGAACAGAGGGAUAAUGCUCAUUUCCAUAAUUUUCAGAGCUCUUACCCUUGGACUACAGAUCCAGAGAAGCUGCAAAAAUCAGAACAAUGUAGAAACCUGUGGUACAAUGGUCUUAGUUUGAAAGAGGGGAACAGGCUGAGGUUUGCCAAGGCAAACCUUCCAUGGUUCACUCUGGAUGAUGUGGAGAAGAUGAAGCUUUUGGCCAAUGGUACAGUGAUAAAGAAGGACCGAAUUCUUGGCCAUGGGCAAAUAAUUAGAGUUGCUCUGUCAUAUAAUCAAAAUGCCCUUUUUAAUAACUCCCAAAGUUUGUGUUUGAAUGGGCUAUGUGGCUUAAUCAAAAGGUCCACUGAUCUCUAUGAGGUUCUUGCAUUCCAUUUGGACAGAAUUUUGGGGCUGCGCCGGAGCUUACCUGUAGUGGCUAGGAGAUUUUGCAGCCACUUGCUACCUUACAAGUACACCAAUGGUGCUACUAGGCCCAUUGUAUGGUGGGCACCAGAUAUACAGCACUUGAAUGAUUCUAAUAAUGAUCAAAACUCCUUUACUAUUAAAUGGUUGAAGUACCAGGACUUGUUGCAACAGCGGUGUGGCAUGGAAGAUUCCAGAACAUCACUUGGGAAAGCUCCUUGUUUGACUGUCCUACAUUCUGAAUGGGCUAAAUUGGCACUCUUUGAUUUUCUUCUGCAGGUCCAUGAUCGUUUGGAUCGAUACUGCUGUGGUUUCCAACCAGAUUUCUCUGAGCCUUGUGUUCAGGAAUUGCUCCACGAGAAAUGCCGAAAUCCUGCAGAACUGUUUUUGGUCCAUAUUUUGGUGCGGAGAAGCAAGCCUUCUCAGUUAGUAUUUAUUGACAAUGCAGGAAGACCUUUCCACUCUGAAGCGAAACUUAAUUUCAGACUUCUGCAAGGGAUAGAUGGGUUUCCUCGGACAGCUAUAACAAUGCUACAGUCAGGAUGCCUACAAACCCUGCUUUUACAAUCCUUGCAUGUAGAUACAGAAUUCUGGGAAAGUCAAGGUGGAUAUGAAGGUCUGAAGCAUUGGCUUAAUACCAUUGACAGGAGAGGCCAGGCUCUGCUUCAAUACAUUAAAGAACAUAAUUUGACCAUCACUGAAGAUUCCUUGGAUUAGCUUUUGAUGACAAGUAUUAUACAUCCAUCUGCUUUAGGAAAGAGCACUGAACUCUGGAAAGACCCAGUGCCCUGGUGACAGGCAGGCACUCUAACUACCGAAGCUGUUAUAUAUGAAUUCAGAGAAAUAAAAUGUAUGAAAUAAAAUUGUAAUGGGUAGUAUGGCUAGAUAAUCUUACACCAGAAGCAGAAUGAAAAUGUUGUAACUAAUACAGCCUCAGAUGGAUAUCCUUGUGAGGGAUUUCCACAAUACAUUUCCAUAUAAAAUGUCCGUCUAUUUUCCUAAUCAACGUUUGUUUUAUCAUGAUGGCAUUCCAAAACAAGAUCAUCUCAGCGAGGAAAAAUUGUUAGAAAGAAAGUGUACAACUGUGGUGGGAUUCAAAUUUUUUUAUCACCAUUCUGUGGUAAAAUGGCUUGGUGGGUGUGGCAUGGCUUGGUGGGUGUGGGUUGGUGGGCAUGGCAGGGGAAGGAUACUGUAAAAUCUCCAUUCCCUUCCCACUCCAGGGGUAGGUUACUGCAAAAUCCCCAGUUCCUCCCCAUCAGCAGAGAAUAGUCAGAGGUGGUAUUUACCGGUUCUCCGUACUACUUAAAAUUUCUGCUACCGGUUCUCCAGAACUGGACAGAACCUGCUGAAUAGCACCCCUGGUGUACAAGGUAUUCUUGUUAAUGAGAUAAAUAUGAGAACAGGUAAAAAUUCUGACUUGACAUGCAUGAUCCAUAGUGCUUUAAUGAUAUAGAACCAGCUUCCCUAAUCUAUUGGCCUCCAGGUUGCAGGGUGGAGAUUCUGAGUUGUAAUCCCAACAUUAUCUAGAAUGUAUCCUCUUGAGAGAGACUAAAUUAGAAAGAAAAGAUGGAAUGGAUCAGAGUUUGAUUAUUUUGUUCCAAAUUGCCUCAAAAUCCAGAAACUCCCAUUUUCUAAUUUCACAAAGAAAGUAGCUUAGUUAGAACUCAGCAAAUUUCAAAAGGAUUCAAUUAUCCUGGUUUGAGCUAGAUAAAAAUGCUAAAUAUUUCUAAAAAAUGUGUUACCUGUCAUCAUAUUGCUGGUGAUGCUUCUUUAAAAUGGAUUUGAUUGACUACAAGGACUGUAAAAUGGAUCAGCAACACAAACUCACCAGGUCUUUUCAUAAUCAUUUAUUGUUGAACCGUCUCCAUUUGUAAGCAUGUCUGGGAUUCCCAAAUAUCUCAGCAUCAGAUAAUUUUAUAUAGCAGCCUGGCAUCUUCAUUGCUUGUCCGUUCCAGCAACCCACAGCUUUGAAAAGCUCCAUCUUAAAAUUGUUUCUGCCUUUCUUCAGUCACAGUUGGUUGUCAUGGAAAUGCUUAAGGUGACUUGCCAUGGAAGGCAGCCAUCAGAAGCUAAAAAAAUCCCUUUAUGAAAUAAAUACCUUAUUUUCAUGUAAAUAAGUUCUGCUUAUGAGAUGGGAGAAGGCGAGAAAAGCAAAGCUGACAUUGUCUGAGAUACAGAAAAUAGGAUUUUGUGAUUUUUUUGGUGUUUUUAGUCUAUUAAAAAUCCAGGCUGCACCUCAGAACUCACUAGGCAAAUGUCAGGUAAAUAAUUUCUCUCCCACAACUCUUCAUAUUCUUCAUAGGCAAAUCCGAUGAGAUACAGACAGUAUUUAUCUCUGAGAAACAAACAAUCCAGAAUCCAUUUUUAUAUAGGUUUUCUAUUAAAGCCUAUUAAAAUGAAUGGAGCAGUUUUCCAAUUUGCCUGAUCACUUCACCAUAUCAUACAAAAUCCCACACAAAAUGAGGUGGGUAAAAUGCAGACAAGUUCAAAAAGUCAGUGCUUAUUUGUAAGCUUAAAAUGAAAACUUAAUAUUAAAAACAGUAAUUGCAGUUAGAAUUCAUCUGUCACUAAUGAAUAGGCUAAUAUCAAUUUGAUCCCUACAAAAUAAUUUACUCCUACCAAGUUUUGAGAAGCAAAACUUGAGAGAAACAUGCUAACUCAGAAAUGAAAAGAAAGACAUCUGUCUUUAUUUUAGCGACUCACUAUAUCAUCGUAUUUUAUUUUCAAAUUUUAUUGAUUAGACUUGUAUGCCUCCCAUCUCUUCUUUAGGACCCGCAUAGGACCGGGUUAUUUACGGUUAUUUACGGGACCGGGUUAUUUACGGGACCACCUGCUGCUACCGGUGGCCUCCCAUCGACCAGUGCGCUCCCAUAGGGAGGGUCUCCUCAGGGUGCCGUCGGCAAGACAAUGUCGGCUGGCGACCCCCAGGGGGAGGGUCUUCUCUUUGGGGGCUCCAACCCUCUGGAACAAGCUACCACCAGGGAUCCGCCAACUCCCUGAUCUCCGGAUCUUUCGAUGCGAGCUGAAAACAUUUCUGUUCCAUCGCGCAGGACUGGCCUAAUAGUUUUUAAAUGGGGUUUUAUUGGAUUUUUAUAGUUCCUAGCCAAAUUUGAAUUUUUGACUUUUAAAUUUGUUUUUAAUUUUUGUAUCUGUUGUUUUAUUUUGGCUGUAAACCGCCCUGAGUCCUUUGGGAGAAGGGCGGUAUAGAAAUUAAAAUAAUAAAUAAAUAAAUAAAUAAAUUUUGGGUGGCUUGCAAACAUUAAAAGCAGGUAAACAUUUAAAUAACAACAACAACAACAACAACAAUAAUAAUAAUACAUCUUAAGAAGGCACUUGGUUGACACUUAGGAUGUAGGUAUCAGCAAGCCAUAUCAACCAUUAGCACCAGUCAAUGGUAUUUGUGAUGCAUUUUUGAAUGUUCAGUUGACUGAGUUUCAUGUUUAGUGAAUAAAAUAAAUAAUAAUAAUAAUAUAAAAUAACCUGUCAAAGUGACCUGCCAAGAAGAAUAGGGGCAGAGGGCUAUUGCAAAUCCAUCAAACUGUAGAAGAAAAAUGAAGUUUGAAUGAGUAUGUGAACCAAAGUACAGAAAAAUUGCUGCAGGCUGUGAAAAUGGAGAACAUUAUAAAAACAACAGAAACAGAAGCAGAAUAUAAGGAAAAACAGAAGCAGAAUAUAAGGAAAAACAGCUGGAUGACAGAUUAAAUGGGUGGAAAACCAAAGCUUUGCAUGGACAACACAAAGAAAAUAUGAUAAUAACUUGACAUGGGCAUGGUUUAAGAGAGGAACUUUCAAGAAAGAAACAGAAGGUUUAAUACUUGCUGCUCAAGAACAAGCACUACAAACUAAUGCCAUGAAAAUGAAGAUACAAAAAACCACUGACAAUCCAAACUGUCAACUUGCAAUGACGAAGUUGAAACUGUUUUAUACUUAGUAUGUGAGUGCAGCAAAAUCACGCAAACUGAUUACAAAGCUAGAUAUGAUCGAGUAAAUUAAUCCACUGGUCAUUAUGUAAAAAAUACGCCCUAUCUGUAUCCAAAAAGUCAUGGGACCAUAAAGUGGAAAAAGUUGUUGAAACUGAUAUUGUGAAGAUCUUGUGAGACUUUUGAAUAAAGACAGAUUGUUAUUUGAAACACAACA